AUCGUCCCUACCUAUCCACCAUUAUGUCCCAAACAUCACGCGUGUGGCUCUUCCUCUCGGGGCGGCGCGCACGCUUUCACAGACGUUUUGCCGCGAUGACGUCAUUCAGGGGCACGGGCGCGGGCGCGUGUUGUCUCGUUUGCCACAUGCGUACUGAUGACAGAGUGGUGGCUCUUCGAGAAGUGUCCAUUCCUCCAGCAGCUGAGGUCCCCACGGUCAUACAGAUUCUCACCACUACCUUUAGGCUGAACUCUUCUGAUGUCAUAUUCAAGAUAAGGAAUCACGGUGGCUGUCUGAUCCCUCUGAACAGCUCGAUCCCUGCUAACAGCAAGCAUGUGCCUUAUGUGCUUGAAGUAUCCAAGAUCUUUCAGCAUGUGCGUCCGGCACCCAGAACCAUUCCCAUGACCGUGAUGAACAAGAGCAUGAAGACCAGGCUACAGACUAUUGACAGGAGGAUUCAGAGACUGGAAGAGCUUCUGCCUGAGAUCAAACUCAGACGCGACGAAAAACUAAGCCAGGAGAUUGAAUGUCUCAACCAGAAGUUGAGGUUUCUUCAUAAGAGAAUGCAGGUUGCAGACUCUCACAGCUGGAAGGGGUUGCUGAGCAGACCCCCUCUGUGGUAAACAAAAACCUACAUUUCAAGAGAAAAAACCUUCUUCACUGCAGAUGUUAUCAUGUCCCCAUACGAAGAUGGAUGAGGAUCUUGAUUUCUACCAUUUAUUUUCAUAAAAUGUGUUCAAUGGUGUGGUUUUUAAUACAAUGUCAUUGUUAUUUAUGGUCUGAAAAACAGUUACCUUUCAUACACAUUUUUCUGCCUGCAAAUAUGUUGUGUCAUUAUAGUAUAUUUUUGUGACUGGCCUUACUAGGAUUAACUAUGGAAGCCAAGCUAUGGUUUGAGCAAAUGACCUUAUGUUGUGUACCCUGAAAUCAAUUAAAUAAAGGAGAAAAGGUGA